AUGCCUUCCCGAGCUUCAUCUGAAAAUACUCUCCACCGCAAGGCUGCCUCUGGGCAGAAUCCACGACCCCAGACCCCAGAAAACUCUCGUCCAACGUUAGCUGAGUUGCAGACAACGCCACUCAAUCCCAAGAUCUCUACACGCCGAUCUCUUUCUGCUGAGCCUUCCAAAGGUGCAGGUCUUGAUCCGCAUCGCAUUGAACUUGGUGACGAAAUGGCCGAAUACUGGGCGAAGAUGGCGGUCAAAACAUUCCUUGACGAACAUGUCCCCGGUGGUGACCCUGAUGAGCAAACCAAAAGUAUGUUCCAUAAAUUCGACGGCGAAAUGCUCGACAAACUAGAAUUUGUUAUGGCUUCGGAACUGAUCAAGGGAGUUCAAUCUGUAUUCCAGUGCAACGCUGACAACACUCUUGUCGCGAAAGAUACUGCAGACUGGCCUGACAACACAGAUGCCAUCGACCGGGCGGUAAGCGCGACGAUGAGACCCGACGUCUGUAUUUACAGCACUGAUGACGACCAUGCCGCGCCAUACACUCUCACUGCUCAAGAGCUUGCGGGGCGCAAGUACUCGGAAGAGCGCAAGCAGAAAUUGGCUCGAACUCGCUGGGGGUCAAUGGUCGUUCCUAUUGAGCUCAAGUCAGACAUUUCCAGGGCACCGUUUCAUUUUGGGAACAGCCGCACGGAGGAGACGGAGAAGAAGAUAAAGGCACGAGGGCAGAUCGCCGACUAUGCUACGAGGAUCAUGCAACGCCAGCACCGGCUGUUCUUAUUCAUGAUUGUCAUCUGCAAGCGUGAGGCGCGGUUCCUGCGUUGGGAUCGAUCUGGUGCGAUUGUCACAGAUGCAUUCGAUUUCGUGAAGAACCCGGAACCGCUGCACACGUUCUUCUACCGUCUCAGCAAGAUGACUCGCGAACAGCACGGGUACGAUCCAACUGUGGUGCCGGCUGAUGCAGAUGAGAUCGCGCUGAUGGAAUCGUACAAAGACAAGCUCCCCCAGGACGACUACCUCCGCAAGUGUCUCAAUGAUGCUAUGGAGCGCGGCUGGCCUAUCCAAAAGGUGAUGAUGCGUCAAGAGGAUGUGGUCUCUGUAGAAUCCUGGCGCGCCGCUGCGAACAAGGCGGACUCGACUGGCUCAACUCCCCCGGACACUUCUCAAGCCUCCUCUGCCUGUGGUGAAUCAUAUGAAAAGGAACUGGGGUCUGCUACCCAAUAUGGUCGCUCGGGCACAUGGCAAUUUAUGUCUGCAUUGCUUCUCAAAUUCCCAGGUCUGACUCCUCACGGUGUUUCUGAUGAUCUCGAAUCGUUUGUGCACGUCCUCAACUGGUUCUGUCUUCGCUUUCAUCGCCACGACCAUCGCACGGUCGCGCUCCAACGACUAGUGGCGUCGCUCUAUGACGUGAGCGAAAAAGACGAAACAAGCAAGGAAGCCUUCGGUGGCGCUGCAAAGUUGAUUCUUAUGCAAUCCGGAAAACCUGCGGUCCGUCUUGCUCGCCACGGACCAUUGAAGACCCUGCUUGAACAACUCUCAGCCUUGUGCGAAGAGCACUACUCUGGGAUCGACAUCGAGGCACUGGAAGCUAAUCCAAGUGAUACACCUGCGGCAAAAGUAGCCAAACCGACACCAACAGUGGCCUUUCCUGAAUGGAAUACUCGGUUGCGGCCCAAUGCCCAAGCACAUGUACCGCCUAGCAAGAAAGAUGCUGCUCAGAAAGUAGGGGCGAAGGUGCUCUCUACGCACAAAGCGGUCAUGGAAGCAUUCGCCGAUGCAAUCUUCGGCGGCGCUGUCUGGGCUGAUGACAAGACGAACGAUCAAUUCGCUAACUUCAAGAUCGGGACUACCAAGGGCCAGUCCACCCUCUCAACCGGGACAAGCUCGCAUUCUGGCUCGAAACGGAAACCAGAGGAAUCAGAAGACAUCGCAGAAACUUCAAGCGCGAAGAAAUCCCGGAACGGGCCUUCCAUGUCGUCUAUAACCGAAGAUGCCGCAGAAGAUUAA